AUGUCAAAGGAUCACACGGACGUUGAAUACGGCCAAGUUCCCGGGCACGCGGCCUCGCGGCAGGUUGUGGAUGAAGUCUCCUUUCCUUACACUACAGACAAUAUGGAUUCCGAGAAGCCCGCGCCAGCUCUACGAAACUGGCGAGGACGAUGUCUGGGCCACGCGACCAAUCUUCGAGGGCUGCUGCCCAGCUUUCUCCUGGCCAAUGGCUCAACGCCUAAGAAACUACACCCUUCGGCUUGGUUGGACGGCCUCAGAGGCACCGCGGCAUUCUUCGUCGGGUACCACGUCACGGAAGACGACAACCUCCUCAUACAAUUGCCGUUCCUCCGAUACUUCGUCUCCGGCCUGCCUCAAGUCAUGAUCUUCUUCGUCAUCUCCGGGUACGCCCUGAGCUACAAACCGCUCAAGCUGGCCCGCCAGCGCAGGUUCCGCGAGAUGGACGAGGCCAUGGCGUCGGCGGCGUUCCGGCGACACGCGCGGCUGUUCCUCCCCGCCAUGGCCGUGACCUUCAUCCAGGUCCUGAUGGUGCGCCUGAACUGGUACGGCCAGGGCGACACGUGGUACGGGACGGACAUCCCUCAGCGGAGCCCGGGACGGGCAGAGACCUUCAUGGGCCAGGUGAGCGGCUGGUGGCACAACUGCCUCUCGCUCGCCAGCCUGUUCGACCGAGACCCGAUGCGCGGCCUCGGCUACGACCCGAACCUGUGGACGCUCACCGUCGAGUGGGAGAUGGCGCUGAUCCUCUUCCUCGCCCACGUCGCCUUCUCGCGCCUCCGCUCCGGCGUCCGCAUGGCCUUGACCGUCUUCACCAUGUGGUACUGCAUGUGCUACUCCUACUGGCAGAUCUUCCUCUUCUUCGGCGGCAUGCUGGCGUGCGACGUCAACUUCGCCCUGGCCGAGCGGGCGGCGCAGGAGUCCGACCUCGGUGUGCAGCGCAUGCCCUACUCCGACACGGCCGGGCCUGCGGCGUGGGCCAACGGCAUCCUCAGCAGCUACCGUGGCCUGAAGAUGCCCGUGGUCCACCCGCGGCUCAGGAAGAUCCUGCUGACGCUGGCCUUCGUCUUCUGCUACUACCUGCUCUCGAUCCCCCGGUUCGAGAACAGCGGGUUCCAGACGCCGGGUUACAAGACGCUCUACAGCAUCAUGCCCAAGCUGUACCGGGAGAAGUACUACGACAACUUCUGGAUCCCCAUCGCGUCGGUGGUGCUCAUCUUCACCCUCGACCGGGCGCCCUUCCUGCAGCGUAUCUUCACCGGCGCCGUGCCGCAGUACCUCGGCAAGAUCAGCUUCGCGCUGUACCUGGUCCACGGGCCGCUGAUCUACACCCUCGGCUGGCACCUCUGCGUGGCCCUGGUGGGCAUGACGGGCCGCGAGACGGACGGGCAGUACGGCCUCGCGAUGCUGGGCGCCGCGGCCGUGUUCUUCCCCGUGUGCAUCUGGGCCGCGGACGUGGUGACGCGGUACAUAGACACGCCGUCUGUCAACUUUGGCAGGUGGUUGUACGAGAAGCUGAUCAUCCGUGUGGCUGAUCACGAUAGACAGAACUGA